CUGGGCCCACUGCUCAUCUUAGCGGGAACACUGGUGUCCAGUAAUUGCCAUAUUAGAUCAGAGCAGUUGUUUCAGAGAAAGGUGCAAGAAACCCCCACAGUGGAUGGGUAUAGCAAGACCUGUCCAUAGGGGAGGUUUCUGCCUAUCUCCCAUAAGUUAGUACAUAUGACCUAAAACAUGAAAAUUGGUAUCCCGUAUAUAAUAUUUGUUUAUCGAUAUACUGUAAAAGUUGUCAUUAUGCAUAUAAAUAUUUAAUGCUUUUGGAAUCCUACUGCACUUUUGGCAUCAAUAAUAUCUUGUGGUCGUGAGUUCCAGAGGUCAGUUAUACGUUGUGUGGGAAGGAAAAGUAUUUCCUUUCAUCAUUAUUAAAUUUGUUACACUUCAGUGUAAUAUCUUUGUUCUUGUAUUAUGAGAUGGUAAAUAGGCACAGCUGAUUUACUUUUUCUAUACCACUCAUUCUUUUGUAUAUCCUUCUGUGUGUGAAAGAUAGCAGUAGUCAUUUUGAGGGGUCAAAAAGUUGAUUUGUGGCUUUAUAAAAUAACUGGGGAACACAAUUAUCAGACUAUAAAGGUGGGGGAGCACAUUACAUAUAUGACUGGCUUAGUGGAAAUUUGACUAUAAUGGAGCCAUGUGUAUUUUUCAGUGAGAGAGUCAUUAUUUUGGGGAGUCAAUAAGUCUCAUUUGGUUGAGCUUACGAAGACCUUACACACUGCUCCACACUGUAUCUCUGUCUGUCUGCCUGUCGUCAGAGGGGAAAACAUCUGAACUUCACAUCGGAUCAGUUCCAAACAGGGAACGUUCUAGGCUUCAGCGAUCAGAAUCCUAUUGAUUUGGGCAAAAGCGAAAAAAGGGGAAAAUAAGAGCAUGUAAAGCCAGCUACCCAGCACAGCCACAAGCACCUCUGUAAUUGUUUAUAAAUCUAAGAAAUCAACAGUUAUCACCAUCCAGCAUAACAGUGCUCCAUCUCAUCUCUGCCCGUCCUCCCAAAAGAGUUUAGUAUAGUGACUGAUGGGCUUCUUUCGGGGAGAAUAAUUAGUGUUGGGAAGGAGGAGGCUUUGCAGACAGUGUCUGGCAUAAGGGGGAAAUGGGAGAUCCUGGAAUGCUGGAGGGAAGAAUAAGGGGGCACACAAGGCCCUGGGUGGGAGAGAUUAGGAGUCCUUUAUAUGGGGAAAAGAGGAAAUAGGGAUGCACACAGUCUCUGGUGGUCUUGCAGGGAGACCCUGAAAAAGAGGGUAAGGGAAAUGAAGGGAUGCUGCAGGAAUCCCUGAUGUGUGCAGUGAGCUCUGUGUACUCAAACUGAGAUGUGUGAUCUCCUGUAUACUGGUCUGGAAAUGAGGACAGCUGCUGGAAAUGGAGACAGGACUAGUGGCAGCCUCAUGACCUGAAUACUUUGGCUCUGUGCCUAUUGAAGUCAGUAGGGUUUGGACCAGGCCCUUUGUGCAUUGUGAAAAGCUGGGGAAUUUUUAUCACAUUCAUAAGUAAGUUUUGGGUGAAAACACAAGAAAACAGAGUCUCAUUCUGCAUUGGCUAGAACUAUACAUAAAUUGUUCUGUGUUGCCUAAUCAAUAACAUGCCCUACAGUGAGAUCACUGUUUGGACAGUUAACUUGCAGCGUUGUCUGGAAAGUGAGCAACUAUAUUAAAAUUUCCUUUAGCUAAAAGAAAAGGCAAGUUUGGGAGAUCAGACACAGAUGUUCUGCUGGUUCGUGAAAAUACUUGCUUGGAGUAUCAAAAAGGAACCUUGUAGUUGGUAACUUAUGGUAUCUCUUCAUGGCUCCUGCAGAUGUAUAAUGAUGAUGUGCAAUCUGCACUCUCCCUUUUUUGCUUUCACCACACUCCGUAGGAGCAGACUUGGUCCUCAGGGCUAGUAGACUAUCUCUUCUUUUUAACCAGUGCUGUCUGUCUGUAAAACUAGAAACAGAAAAGAUCUAAAGACAUGUUUUAAAUGAGGCUUUUACUGCAAUUCUUGUUUUAAAUUCUUUGACAUAUUUUAGCAGUCACUGUAAUUCUAAAUAGGUGAGUGGAUUUAAAUCCCCCCAAAAUCCCAAACCAGAAUAGAUUUAAAUUCCCAUUGCAUUGGUGGGCCUUAGAAAAAGGUGUAGGAACACCAAAGGACAAGCAUAUGCCACACACACUUCCCUGUAGGAGCACUGAUUUACAAUGCAAAAGUGUGUAGCAUUCAGUCCUUAAAUUGUGCUUAUUUAGGACUACAUAAUUGCUGCUAAACGUUGUUUUUCUACUGUAGAUACACAAGUUGCUAAACUAAACAUAUGCUGCGUGUUUGUUCUUACAUUAUGAAUAUUUAUUUUCAGAGUUGUUUGUUUCUGCAAUUUAAAUAUAAGCGUGUCUGUUCUCUUUGAUCUUCACUUUCUUUAUUUCAUGGUCAAAAUAAGCCAAGUUGUUACAUGCAUAGGAAAGAGGUUGGCUCAUGACUGAAAACAGUCAUUGUUUACUUCUUUAGAAGUCUGGAACAUUAUGCUCUGGAAAGCAUAUCCUGAUUAACUGCGGGCAGACAUUUUGCCGGGGUGGAACUCAGCGACCAUGCUACAAAAUCAUGUAUUUUCAUGAUGCUUUGCGCAGGAUCAACUUUGAAGAAGCACACCAGGCAUGCAGAAGAGAUGGUGGACAUUUAGUCAGUAUUGAAUCAGAAUCAGAACAGAGACUGAUUGAAAAAUUGAUUGAGAGUCUCCUGGCUUCAGAUGGUGAUUUUUGGAUAGGACUUAGGAGAAAAGAGGAAGAUGUGGACAAUAGCACAGAAUGUCAGGGCCUGUACUCAUGGUCGGAUGGCAGUAUGUCCAAAUUUCGGAACUGGUAUAUAGAUGAGCCUUCCUGUGGGAGUGAGAUCUGCGUGGUGAUGUACCAUCAGCCCUCUGCCCCAGCAGGGGUUGGAGGUUCCUAUAUGUUUCAGUGGAAUGAUGACAGAUGCAACAUGAAAAAUAACUUCAUUUGCAAAUAUUCUCUUGAAACACCAACUGCUGCCUCAGAAGAGAAAUCCCAAGUGGAUGUUGUCACAGGAUCUUUGAAGCCAACAUUCCCAGAAGAACGCAUUAAGGAAGAUGCUAAUGAAACCUUUAAAGAAACCAAAGAACCUGUUUUGAGUCUUGCCUACAUCUUAAUUCCCAGUAUCCCGUUGCUCCUUCUCCUGAUGCUCGUUACAGCCGUCUUCUGUUUUUGGCUUUUUGCAAAAAGGAGACGAGAGCAAAUGGAGGCAAGUCCAAAGGUGCAGGAUGCCUGGAUCUCUCCACACAGGAGGAACAGUCCAAAUUUUGAGAUUUACAAUGUAAUUAAAAAACAGAUGGAAACAGAUCUGGCUGGGACAAGGCCAGAGAUUAAGAAUUCUUCAUUCCGCACGUGUUCUGAAGAUCACGCAUCUGACAACCUCUCUGGAGAUUAUGACAAUAUGGCUGUGAAGACUUCAGAGAGUGGCUUUGUGACGUUAGCUAGUACUGAAAGUGGCUUUGUGACCAAUGAGAUCUAUGAGCUGUGCAAUGAUCAGGUGGGACCAAGCAAGGAGUCUACCUGGGUGGAAAAUGAAAUUUAUGGCUAUUAAAGAAACUGGAAAUGGAUGUAGAUGACACAGCAAAUGAAAGCACCUGUAGCUUCCACACAUCAUAUUGAACAGUGAACACAAAGAUAAUGUGUGUGGCAGUGCAUUCUGGUUUCAGGUCACCCUUGUGCUUGUUCUUUUUAAAGGAUAUGUUAUUUUAAACCGUUGAACACACGAGAAUAUAUGCAGCUUGCCUUGCUUGCAUGAUAGGUCUUGGUCUUGGUUCUUUUUUCUAUUGGAAGUACAAUAUUUCCAGAACGUCAGACUUCAAAAUAUUUCUACAUCUUUUUAACUAACAAUGUUUUCCCCCUGUUUAUGCAUGUGAGCUGUGCUGGAUGCUAAGAAGAUUGAUACAAUAACUCCUCUGAUUGAAGACUGAUGACAUAUUGAUAAUCUCAGCAUGGAUGGGGGUUUUUAAAAAGCACAUAAGUUUUUAAGCAACUCUGAGAAGUCCAGAAUACAUCCAAGCCAAGGAGAUGGUAUGAGGAAACCUGCCAAAAGUCUACGCAAGUUACCCUAUUCUGGAGUUUGUAUCCAAAUCACCAACAAUCCACGAGUAUUUAGACCUGAGCAACAGCGUGAUUGUAAGGGAUGUGCCAACAG